GGGAGGAGGAGACGCACUCAUCUCAAUAAAGCCCUUGAUUCAUCAUGUGAGGGAGAAAAACGCAGAGUUGCUGCAGGGUUCGGUGUCCUUUACGCACGGACUGCGCAUCUCCGCUGUGCGUCCUGGCGCAUCCACCCGGAGCUCAGCAGGAGAGAAAAUAUUGUUUCUAGAUUCGUUUCAUAUCGGAUUUCUGUUUCCACUCAGCUUGUAGGACGAUAUGUCUGUGAAGUGACGGUCCGGUUCGGAGCAGUAAAACUUUCCCUCUGUUAUCGUUUGAAUCAUGUCGGAAAGGAAACCGUCGCUGAGGGCCGGCGGCUCCGCGCAGAGCCGCUUCCAGGUGGAUGUGGUGACGGAGGGCUCCUCCGCCGCGGCCCCGGCCCAGGCCCCCGCUCCAGAGGAGUCCAAGGGCCGCUUCAAGGUGGUGGGCUUCAUGGACCCAGGCCUGGGCCCCGCCGCGGACAUCGGGCCCCCGCCGGAUGUCUUCCACGAGCCGGACACGGCAAAGAGCGACUCCGUGAGCCUCCACUCCACGGGCACCGGCCAGACCCACAUCUCAGACUCCCACUCCAACACCUACUACAUGCGGACCUUCGGACACAACACCAUCGACGCGGUGCCGAACAUCGAGUUCUACCGGCAGACCGCGGCGCCGUUCGGGGAGAAACUCACCAGACCGUCGCUGUCGGAGCUGCACGACGAACUCGAUAAAGAGCCGUUCGAGGACGGCCUGGUCAACGGCGAGGAGCCGUCAGCAGCAGAGGAGGCGGCGGCGUUGAUGGCGAAGGAGGCGAAGGGAGGAGCGGUGAAGUUCGGCUGGGUGAAGGGCGUCCUGGUGCGCUGCAUGCUGAACAUCUGGGGAGUGAUGCUCUUCAUCCGGAUGUCCUGGAUCGUUGGACAGGCUGGAAUCGGACUCACCAUCGCCAUCAUCCUCAUAGCCACUCUGGUCACCACCAUCACCGGCCUGUCGACCUCCGCCAUCACAACCAACGGCUUCGUACGCGGAGGUGGAGCGUACUACCUGAUCUCCAGAAGUCUGGGUCCAGAGUUCGGAGGCUCCAUCGGUCUCAUCUUUGCCUUCGCCAACGCCGUGGCGGUGGCCAUGUACGUCGUGGGUUUUGCUGAGACGGUCGUUGAGAUGCUCAGUGAUGUCGACGCUCUGAUGACUGAUGAGCUGAACGACAUUCGCAUCGUCGGGACGCUGACCGUCAUCCUGCUGCUGGGAAUCUCUGUAGCUGGGAUGGAGUGGGAAGCCAAGGCUCAGAUUGUCCUCUUGAUAAUCCUGCUAGCGGCUAUUGCUAACUACUUCCUCGGCACGUUCAUCCCGGUGGACAACAAAGAGCCCAAAGGAUUCUUUGGUUACCACACUGCCAUCCUCUUUGAGAACUUCGGUCCAGAUUUUAGAGAAGAAGAGACGUUUUUCUCCGUGUUUGCGAUUUUCUUCCCUGCUGCCACUGGGAUCCUAGCAGGAGCCAACAUCUCUGGUGACCUCGCUGACCCUCAGUCUGCGAUCCCUAAAGGAACCCUGCUGGCCAUCCUCGUCACAGGCCUCACCUACGUGGCUGUGGCCGUUUCUGCAGGUUCCUGUAUUGUUAGAGAUGCGACAGGCGACCACAACGACACGGUGAGCGACACGGUGAACUGCACAGACGCCGCCUGUACGCUGGGCUACGACUUCUCCAUCUGCAAGGAAGGAGGCUGUCAGUACGGCCUGAUGAACGACUUCCAGGUGAUGAGUCUGGUGUCGUACUUCGGUCCGCUGAUCACUGCAGGGAUUUUUUCAGCUACUUUGUCUUCAGCUUUAGCUUCACUGGUCAGCGCACCCAAAGUCUUCCAGGCUCUCUGUAAGGACAACAUCUAUCCUGGUCUGGGGAUUUUUGCGAAGGGUUACGGUAAAAACAACGAGCCUCUGCGCGGAUACGUCCUGACCUUCUGCAUCGGCCUCGCCUUCAUCCUCAUCGCCGAGCUGAACAUCAUCGCUCCCAUCAUCUCCAACUUCUUCCUGGCCUCUUAUGCGCUCAUCAACUUCUCCGUCUUCCACGCCUCCCUGGCCAACUCUCCAGGGUGGCGCCCUAGCUUUAAGUACUACAACAUGUGGGUUUCCCUGGCGGGGUCCGUCCUGUGCUGCGUCGUGAUGUUUGUGAUCAACUGGUGGGCCGCCCUCGUCACGCUGCUCAUCAUCCUCGCCCUCUACAUCUACGUCGGAUACAAGAAACCAGAUGUGAACUGGGGUUCGUCCACUCAAGCUCUGAUCUACAACCAGGCUCUGACCCACUGCCUCAACCUGUCCAGUGUCGAGGACCACGUCAAAAACUUCAGGCCGCAGUGUUUGGUUCUGGCCGGUUACCCAAACUCCCGGCCGGCGCUGCUGCAGUUGGUUCAUUCGUUCACCAAGAACGUCAGCCUCAUGGUCUGCGGUCACGUCAGGACGGUUUCCCGGCGGCCAAACUUCAAGGAUCUGUCCCAGGACUACGUUCGGUGUCGACGCUGGCUGAUUAAAAAACGGAUCAAGGCUUUUUAUUCUCCGGUUUUUGCAGACAACCUGAGGCACGGGACGCAGUUACUCCUGCAGGCGGUUGGUUUGGGUCGUCUGAAGCCCAACACGCUGGUCAUGGGUUUCAAAAACAACUGGAGCGACGGAAACAUGAGAGACGUGGAGAAUUACAUCAACACAAUACAUGAUGCGUUUGACCUGCAGUUUGGGGUGGUGAUCCUCAGGCUGAUGGAUGGACUGGACAUCUCUCACAUUCCAGGACAAGAUGAGCUGCUGUCGCCCAGUGAGAAACCGCCAAAGGAAAGCAAAGAUGUUCUGACUUCCGUUGGUCCGGCUAAAGACUCGGACUCGGAUUCCUGUCCAUCCAAAACCCACAGCAACCAGAGCAGCCCGCUCAUCAUCAGAGCUACAGAGACCAAAAGUUCUCUGAGUCUGACUGACCAGCGUCUGCUGGAGAGCAGCCAGAUGUUCAAGAAGAAACAGGGGAAGGGAACCAUCGACGUCUGGUGGCUGUUUGACGACGGAGGUCUGACUCUGCUGAUCCCCUACCUGCUGACCAACAGGAGCAAAUGGGGCGAUUGCAGGAUCCGGGUCUUCAUCGGUGGAAAGAUCAACCGGAUCGACCACGACCGCCGAGCGAUGGCCACGCUGCUCAGCAGGUUCAGGAUCGACUUCUCUGACAUCAACGUCCUCGGAGACAUCAACGUGAAACCCAAAAAACACAAUAAGCUGAGCUUUAAGGAGCUGAUCGAGCCGUACCGGCUGAAGGAGGACGACAUGGAGCAGGAGGCCGCAGAGAGGCUGAAGGCCCAGGAGCCCUGGAGGAUCACCGACAACGAGCUGGAGCUCUACAAAGCCAAGACCAGCCGUCAGAUCCGACUGAACGAGCUGCUGAAGGAACACUCCAGCAGCGCCAAGCUCAUCGUGGUAAGCAUGCCUUUGGCCAGGAAGGGCACCGUGUCUAGCGCCCUCUACAUGUGCUGGCUGGAAACGCUGUCCAAAGACCUUCCUCCGCUGCUGCUGGUCCGAGGAAACCACCAGAGUGUCCUCACCUUCUACUCAUAACGCACACACCAACACCGGCAUGGUCACCGUUUAUUUAUUUCACAUUUACAUCUGCACAGAAACGGAAACAUGAUCAGACUCCAGGUUUUUAAAGGUUUCCUCCCGUCGGCGUCAUUAACUUCUCUAAUAUAAAGCUGUUUAUACGUUUAUUGGCUUCACCUGAUUGAAGACAUUUUAAUUAAUUAUGGUCAACAUUUAAUUUAAUGUGUUCAAAUCCAGGUGUUUUAUUCCUCUGAGUUUCAUGUUGCAAAAUAUUGUUUUUCUUUUGUAAUAAUUUUGUAGAUGAUUUUAAUAAAAUAUUAACAAAACAGAA